CUCUCAAUCUACCCGCCCUCUCUCUCUCCGACGAACAAGACGCGACCUCCCAGUCUCUCUGUGCCCUCCUUCUUUCCGACCGGCGAACCACAGCCAGCAACCGACGAACCACCGCACCGGACCGGCGAGAGGACCGCGAGAUCUAGCUCCCUCCCUCUGCCCUCCCUCUUUCCGACCGGCGAACCAUCGCACGGGGCCGGCGAGAGGACCGCGACCUCUCUCUCUCUCUGUGCAUUCCCUCUUUCCGACCGACGAACCACCGCACGGGCGAGAGGACCGCGAACAAUCGACGAACCGCGGACCUUCGCUUCCCCGGCCCCUCGCCGCCGGCUUCUCCCCGCCUGCUUCAAGAUGCGGCAGCGCGGCCUCAGUUCUGGGAGCAGGAGGCCGCAGGUCAAGAAGGCUUCGCCGGAUAGGCCGCCGUCGAUUGUGGUUAAUGGAGAGGGCAAAGAGGACGCUCCUUUGGCGGAGAGCGUGCGUAGCGCUGAUUGGGAAGUUGUGGCUGAUGAUUCUGAGGACGAUGAUUCCGAUGGAGUCGUGAUUGAUGUGGAGAACCAGAAUGCUGAUAGAACAGAAGCUUCCGACAGUACGGCGAUGGAGACAAAUUUGGCACCAUGUUUUGUCGAUGGAGUAACUCUCACCACAGUGAGGAAGAUGACUCGCUGCAGUUUGAAUCUAAGAUCAUGGGCAUCGGAGGCAAAGUUGGCAGGAAUUACAGCGGGAGUGAUUCGACUUCGUCGACUUUCGUCAGGACACUUCAUCCCGGAACGCCUGGUCCUAGAGGCCAGUACAUGGUUCCAAGCAGUUACUGUUUCCCAAGGUCGAUGAGUACUCCCUCAAGGAAGAUUGAAGGGAGUUCGGCCACGUCUGGCGGUUCCAGAAGCGGUGGUUUCCCAAAGUCCAGGACUAUGGUGGGCCCUGAUGCUCAUUCAGGAUCUUCGGUUCUCAUCUGCCACAAG